GGGAACCACAUUAAUGAGAUAAUCACAGAUUAUCGGCGACAAUGAUAGAUUAUCGGUCGACCAUUAUAGAUGUACGGCGUAAAGUAUACUUUACGGUUGUAAAUGCAUUUACGAAAUUAUCGUCGACAAUCUAUCAUUAUCUAUCAUAAAUGCAUUAACGAUCGACAAUCUAUGAUAGAUUAAAGCGAGAACCACAUUAUUGGAUAAGAACAGUUUAACGGCGAUUCGUAAAUACAUUUACGCCUUGUUUUCAGUAGCAAUUCAUAUGUACCCAAUCACAAUGCGUUAUCGUCCAUGCUAAUUAAUUCGGACCAAUCAUAUCCAUCGAUACAAAUCACAACACAAUUCGGCCGCCAUUUACAAACAAACUGCGGGUACCCACAAACUGCAAAAUGGAUCGUCUAGCUCGUUCUCAUCAACCAUCAAUUGACAGUGUGUUAGAGCGCGUCUCAACAGUCCUUCUUCAAACACAAAGAAAAGCUCAAUGUGGGACACUAGAUGCUGCCAGCACAGAUAAAGAGCUUUCAGAAUUAAUAACAAAUCUAUCACGAAUAGAAGGCAGUGGGACCAACAUUCCAGAAGAUUUGAUAAAAAAGUCAAUACAGUCAAUAAAUGAUCUAAAGCAGAAUCUUCCAAAUCUGAUACCAGAACAAGACCUUAUUAACAGAUAUGACCAGACAAAUCCAAACCCUCAUGGAAAAGGAAGACACCAGUUAGAUAUUGAUGUAAAUAAGCUUCAGCAAUUGAUGUCUUUGGGAUUUACAGUGAAGAAGAUUGCAGAAAAUGGUUUGCUUGGCGGAAAAAUUCAUCCAAACACACUGUACAAGCUAUUGAAGGAGCAUGAUCUUCAAGUAAGGUCAUCAUAUAGUACCAUUACUGAUGAUCAACUGGAAGAGAAAGUGGCAGAAUACAACAGAGAACAUCCAAAUGCAGGUGCCAUGGAGGUCCAUUCUUAUCUGAAAACCCAAGGCAUUUCCAUACAACGUGACCGGUGCCGAGCAGUGUUAACUAGAGUAGAUUCAGCAGGUGCGGCAAAAAGGUGGUCAUGUACUAUUCAGCGUAGACAGUAUAAAGUACCCACAGCAAAUUCUAUUUGGCAUCUUGAUACCCAUCAUUCUUUGGGCAGAUGGGGAAUUGUAGUUCAUGGUGGAAUUGAUGGUCAUUCCAGACUGAUGCCUUUUCUACGAGCUUCGACAUUCAACACAGCCAAGGCUGCAGCAUGUUUUUUUGUACAAGGUGUGAACCAGUUUGGUUUACCAAGCAGAGUAAGAGCAGACCAUGGAACAGAAUAUGUUGACAUUGGCCGAUUUAUGAUUGCUGUGAAUGGAGAAGAAAGGGGUAGUUUCAUCACUGGUCCAUCUGUCCAUAACCAGCGGAUCGAGAGACAAUGGAGGGAUGUGUUUUGCAAAGUCCUUGACACAUACUACAAACUGUUCUGUUUGAUGGAGGAGCACAAACUGUUAAAUAUAACUAACAAUGUACAUAGAUGGAUCCUUCAUUAUGUUUUCCUGCCACGAAUUGAUUUGGCACUAAGAGAAUGGACAGAAACUCAUAACAAUCAUAAAGUGAGGACUGAACACAACCAGUCACCUAACAUGAUGUGGUUUCAAUCUUUACUACUAAGUGAUCCAGAAAAACACACAGGGGUCCGUAACAUUGAACAACCUCCACAAGAAAGAAUCCAGCAAACCAUGCAGAACCUAAACAUUGACUUUCAGGACGAACAAUAUUUACAUCCAAGAGAUCCAUGUCCAUUCUCUGUAGAAAGUUUAGCAAAUCUUCACCAAAGUAUAGAUCUCAAACGCCAUUCCCUAUCACAUGGCAUGGAUAUAUAUGGGGAAGUUUUGCAGCUUGUCAGUAAUCAAACCAAUUGAAUAUCAUUUAAUGUACAUUGAAAUAUUGCAUGACAUGUUAUAUACCCUUUUACCCUUUGGGCAUGUUCAAUAAGAGAUGAAAUUUGUUGUCAUGACUGCCUUCAUGGCCUUGUGUUAUUACUUUUAGGAUUUCAUAAUACACUGUAGAAAAUUUCAUUUUAUUUUUGCUAAGUAGAGUGGUAUUACAUGAUAAAAUAGAAACAUUAAGCAUUAUACAUGUAAUAGAAAAUGCUAUUUGAGUGAAAUAUUUGGAUUUGUAUGAAAAUGUUUAAACAAGGCAUUACAUUUUCAUGUAUUAAGUUGUCUCUAUUAUCUUUUGACUCUUGCCAGUUUUAUGUAAAUACUUUUCUAAGAUGUAUCAAUUAUCAUAUUUCAAUCGAUUUAUUUAUACUGCCCUUCAUUUACUGCAUGUUCCCCCAUGAACAACAAGAUGCUACAUGUAUCUUGAUUUAAAAUAAUGCAGGAGUGAAAACAUGUGUAUUUUAGUUUGGUAAAAGUUGUAAAAAAGUUUUGAUGUAAGAGCAUGAAAGCCUCUAGUUUUGAGGGGAAUAUUUUCAUGUCUUAAAUUUAUAUAAUUAUAUUUUAUUUUUCAAAAUCAGAACAUUUAAGAAAAUUUAUCACAUUUAUAUCUUAAUUACCAUUUUUCAUUUAUUUAAAAAAAAAUUAAAUCAAUAUGUUUUUUAAAUUACUCUUUUUCAAGUACAAUACAAACCUUGUGCUAUAGAUCUUUCAGCAAGGUAUUUAUUAUUAUACAUGUUUUUAUCUCUCACAAAGUUGUACAUGUAAUUUAAAACAAAUCUUCCUCAAUUUGUUUCUUCAGUAUAUUUAUGUUUUUAGUUGCUACUUUCAUUAACAAAAAUUAAAUAUUGACUCCAUUAUCAUCUUGGGAUUUAUAUUUAGUGAUGUUCAAUGUCCAAAUUUAGUAAUAUCAAAAUGUACAUUUGCAAUUGUGAUUUAGGUGUAUAUUUCUAGUGUCAAUAACCUCAUUUAUGAUUCGGCAAAGGAUGAUAAUGCCAAAUUGUUUGAUCCUUUAAUAAAAAUUAUGAUUUAUUAUA